UCUUGCUUGGAGGAAGGGCAAAGGUACUUGAACAUUCUGAAAGCGCAAAACCCUCUCUCCUUGGCUCUUUCUUUAUCGGUAACCGAUCAGAUUGCAAAUCUUCCCCAAAUUUCCCUGCAAAAAAAUUCCUAGGGUUUCGUCGUUUCACCUAGAAAUGAAUUUCUCUGCUGAUGCUGGUAAAGAAGGUUCGGAGAGCUUCGUUGUGGACUCGGAAAGGACUCUGUAUCCAUAUGUCACUGGUACAUCAGUCAUUGGAAUCAAAUACAAAGAUGGAAUUUUGAUGGCUGCUGAUAUGGGAGGUUCUUAUGGAUCUACUUUAAGAUACAAGAGUGUGGAGCGGAUGAAGCCUAUUGGUAAACAUUCUCUUCUGGGUGCCAGUGGCGAGAUAAGUGAUUUUCAGGAAAUCUUGCGUUAUCUUGAUGAGCUCAUCUUAUAUGAUAAUAUGUGGGAUGAUGGGAAUUCCUUGGGACCCAAAGAAGUUCAUAGCUACUUAAAUCGGGUGAUGUAUAACAGGCGUAACAAAUUUAAUCCUCUAUGGAAUUCACUUGUUCUUGGUGGAGUGAAGAAUGGACAGAAAUAUCUUGGCACGGUUAGUAUGAUUGGUGUUCACUUCGAGGACGACCAUGUAGCAACUGGCUUUGGCAACCACCUUGCACGGCCAAUCCUUCGCGAUGAAUGGCGGGAGGACUUGAGCUUUGAAGAUGCUGUUAAGCUCCUGGAGAAAUGCAUGCUUGUUCUGUUGUAUCGUGAUAGGUCAGCUAUCAACAAGCUUCAGAUAGCUAAGAUAACAGAAGAAGGCGUAACUAUUUCUCAACCCUAUGCCUUGAAGACAUUCUGGGGUUUUUCUGCAUUCCAAAACCCAACGAAGGGUGCUGAAGGAUCGUGGUAGCUUCUUGACAUUCCGAGCCAUUUGUUUGUCAAACCUACAACUCGUACAUGAUACGAGUUUACUUGGUGAAUUUCAGCUCGUGUUUCUCUUGAUUAUCAAAGUCGAACAGUUGCUUCGGUCUGUCGUUUAUGUACUUUUUAAGUUACCCACAGGUGGUUGCUUGAUGUGGCACUUCAAAUGAGUCAACAUGCUUUUUCAAAAUAUUGGAUUUGCAUGGUAAGAAAAAGGUGUUUCAUUUUCUUAGGAAAUCCUAUAAAUCUUUUAUUAUUUUC